UAUCAAUCUCAAGGUCAUAAAUUUAGAGUUGAUUGUAAAUUGAGUGGUGAUAAAGUAGAAAUAAACCCUCUGAACUACACAGUGUGAAUUCUCAAUGUAGAAACAAAUUUUUGUACUGGCUUAAAAUUAUAAUCCACAUGUACAAUGCAAACGCAACAUAUCGCUUUAGCGCUAUUCUUGGUGCUUCUAGCCAUUGGAGCUAUUAUCAUUAUUAGUAUAUUGAUUGUUGUGAAAAGGCGAAUAGCUCGACGUAAAGGUCGUGUAGGACGUACCACGUAUACAGUCUGUGGACAAGGUUUGCCAAAGGUUUGGAAGUCAAAUAUUGAAAAGAAAAUUAAUGCAACUAUAAAAGUCCGCACAGAACCACAAGUAUUCGGUCCACAUUAUGCAGAGAAUUACGACGUCUACACAUCGAGUGGUGAGGUGACAUUUUUGUAUCGAGCUAAAGCACUUGAUCAAUUUCUAAUAUUAAAACAGGCUAUCCUGUCUGUGGAUUCAACACUGGAAGCGCCACCGUUAAGAGAUACACGUGAUUUCUUGUUGAAAUCACGUCAUCAUGUUAUGAAUCCACCGCCAUCACGAGAUUGUAUUGAAGAAUAUUGUCGGCUGUAUUUAUGGGCAAGACAUGAUUUGAAUCCUUUUGGGGAGGCAGAAUAUACACGACUUUGUGAAUUACAGUCAAGUUUAUUACAAACGAUUAAUCUUACAGGUUCAUUGCACCAUCCUAUGUAUUCGCCUGCACCUAACAGCCCUAUAGCCGGUGGUGGUGGUGGUGUCGGUGUCGGUGGUGGUCAAUUAACCUCUGAACCAAUUGUCAAAGUACACAAACGGACACAUUCCAAUUUUAAAAUCAAUUUCCCGUCAUUUUUAUUCAAAGCUACCGAACAUUCACAACCUCGUGUUGUUGACCCAAGUGUCUCACCAACGACAACAACAUCAACGGCACCAGGUCCAAUGUCAACAACAUCAAGUACAAUGAAACGACCAACAUCCACUCAUCAACAACAGUCACGUCCAACACGGAUUAAAGUUUUGUCUAAAAGAGGACAAACAGGAGGAACUGGCAAUACUAGUAGUGGUAGAGGUAGUCAUACUACUGGUGGUGGUGGUACAGUCGGCAGUUCUGGGAUAAGCUUGAAACGUUUAUCUCAUUCAAGCCAUCGUAAAAAGCAUGAAUUACUUGUCUCACCAACAGAGAAUGAAAAAUCCUCACUAACCAGUAGUGUCCAGUUAAUUAGUCAUCCAUCAACUCAUGUAUUCACAAAUGAUAUGAUUAGUGAACAUGAUUCAAAUGCAGAUUUAUCAUUGACAGUAAGUAAGGGGGAUAUGACGAGUACAACAAGUUUGUCGAAUCGUCGUCGGCAUAGUUGUCAAAGUGAUGGUUCACAGACAGCACUGAUUGACUUGGAACCAAUUGUAGCUAGUAGUAGUAAUCCAAAAUCAUCAUUGCCAUCAUCUCGACCAAUUAUAAAACAUGCGGAUACAUAUGGACAAUCAGUAGAGUCAAGAAGUUCAAUACGAUAUAAUAAAGGCAUGGAAAAUGAAGGAGUAAAUUGUUGAUUUCCUCUCUUCAAUCAUUCAUUGCCCUGCCUGUCGGACAGUAAAAACUCACUGCCUUGUGUUUAUUAAUUAUAUACACAAAAUAAAGAGCACGAGAUGAACUGUAAUUCCUCGUUUAGUAGUUGUUUUAAAAAUUAUAUUGUAUAGUUAUCUUUUGCAAUCUCUUACUUCACUACAAAUUCUUUUAUUAUAU